AUGGACCAUGAGGAAGUUCACGCUGGGGCAAGGACGGGGGCUGGAGGGGGUGAAGAGGAUGAAAUAACGGAGAAUAUGGAGUCGGGAACUUAUGAUGGGACGCAGCAGCAAGCGAAUUACGAUCCCAAUGAGCAACUGCAGUAUUAUUAUGAUCCCGUUGAUGGGAACUACUAUUACUAUGCACCCCAAUAUGCAAAUGAAGCUGAUCCGGCUGGAGACGUAAAUGAAAAUGUUGGUAGGUCUGACAAGCGUGUCACUGCGCAAGAAUUGGAGAAUUGGGAACCAGUGCGCUACAACUGGUUUUCAGACACUGUUUUGAGCAUAUUUAUGUCACUUGGGUAUAAGUUAUACCUGUGCAUGUUGCUCUAUUGUGCCAUCAUCCUACAAUUGAUGCUGUCACUCAACUGGACAUUGCAGGUUCUCUAUAGGUUUUACGCACCGCAGAGUGAGGGGGAUCCGAGCACGUGGUCACCCGUGUGCUUCUUCACUGUUUUUAUCCUUCUUAGUUUUUUCGUCGUCACUGCCCUUUGCACCUCCUGCGAUAUGCUGCACGGGGCUUGGCGUGCAAAACGCGAGGACAUUUACUUUUGGGGAGCUACAACGUGGGCAGGCAAGUCACCCCCUGUCUGGUUACAUUUCUUUGUCAUCCUCCUCACCACUGGCUUUCCAUUUCUUUGGGCUACUGUUGAGGCGGCGGUGGCAAAAGGCAGCUUUACCUACUUUCUAUGCAUUUAUGCUUUCAUUGCCGUUGUAACCGUGGAGUUUAUGAUCGUUGGUUGUUACGUGUGGUUUUACUUCUUGGGGAUUCGAGGAAAAAUAACGGCAAUGAGAUUGUACAGGGGCCGCGAUGAUUUCGAAACAUGGGAAAGGGCGUCAAAGUACAGUUACAACAAACAACUGAAAAAGCGAUGGUACCAUGCUUCAACUCUAUUGGAAGAGUACGGCCUAGACGAAAAGACGCUGCGCAGCAAUGCGCUUUCAUUUACAAUCGGCUAUGUUCCGCUUUUUGCGGUGUACACGGCGCAGGCGUUUAGCACCAACGUGGACUAUCCAGAGAUGACCUGGGCCGCAAUUUGCACCGUCGCGCUAUGUUGCGUGUACUUUUUAGCAUGGUUCACUGUGUUCCGUAAAAGGUCACACUGGUCUGUGUACUUUGCUAUAUUUCUAAUUGUAACUUUAGUACUAACCGGUAUUAUUGCCGCCAUUACGUGUAACCUCCCCGGUGCACUCGGGCUUAUUAUUGUGCUGUUUGUUCUGUCUCAAUGUAUGCUUGCACGUAAGAGGGAACACACACUCACGCGGGUUGAGCAGCGCACGUUGUUUGGGAUGACUGAUACAACUGAGCAGGAAGACCCCAUUCCCAACCGCCGUGUUGACAUGCAUUUGUGUUGCUGUGGGGAUGUGUUGGCAAACUGUUUCCGCUGUUUAGGGGCAAGAGAGGCUAUUGGUUACCGUCACCCGGAUGUUGUACGUGUGGAGGAGCAGUACAACCGGGAAAAUGUUUCCCUCAGAACUGAUCAACGAUUACUUAUGUGGUGGUGGAUAUUUGUGAUGGCUGUCGUUGCUUCUAUUAUUGGCAUUGGGAAUCAUAUGGCGUAUGAUUACCGAACAGAGAUAGCGGCAGCAAACGGUGCUCCCAUUGAAGGGAACAACACUGGGCUGUUUCUAUGCCAGAUCAGGUACAACAAAAAUGGUUCGGCACCUUUGGGUUUGUACGACUUGUCGCUUUUGAGUGCUCUUGCGUACACAGUAGGAGAACCAGGAGAGAGGGAUUUCGCUACAUGGUUUUCUUUCUUUCCCAACUUUGUGCGCAUGUACCCGCGUCAGUUGCCACCAAAUUCUACAUAUGCCACUGAUGGAAUUGAGAUACCCUUUUCGCAUUAUGUGGACAUGACAAGCGACUAUCACGUCUUUACUCUCAAUUCUAACUCUCGCGGGCUUUCUUUCAUGCGAGACGUUGAUGAGUGGGGCAUCUCCAUCACCUUGCAGUUGGCGAAGGUUUUCUCCCCCUUUGUUGGUAUGUGGCCGGAAGGUUUCCAGCGUUCUUUUGUGCAGCGGGCCGCAUUUUUGCAGAGUUGGUUUCCAGGUGUUGAUGUUCUCGGUAGCAUCUCCAAAUCCAUCAGUCAACUGAUCGACGAUGGCAAGAAGGAGCGUAUUCUUCUUGUUGGUGAUGGUUUCAACGGUGGCUACGUGAAGUUAUUGUCGACCAUUCAUGGAGUGCCGUUUGUUGCAUUAAAUGCUCCAGGUAUAGGUCAAAAGGCUGCUUUGGGAACGGAGGGUACACAGGUGUUGUCACCCCGUUCACUUCUGUCUUACGUGGAUUCAAUUGAGGACACCACACACACCAUUUAUAUUCCUUGUGACUCCCGUCUUUCUUUGGUCCGGUGCAGUAAAAUUGAAGCCACUGUUAACACCUUACGGGGACUGUGCGGUGAUGUUCACGGAAGGAUGCUGCACUAA